CAGCUCAAGCCACCUGAGGCUGAUUCAGAAACUCUCUUGUCUACACUUCUUGACCCUCCAAAAAAUAAAGAAAAACUCCCUUUUCUGGACUCUUCUCCUUUUUCUCUUCUUCUUAGAAUCAGCCAUCCUGAUGCGUGCACACAGAAUUUAGCAUCGUCGUCCAAAUUUUCUUCUCUCUAUUUCCUAAACGUUUAUUUGUCUGUGUAACAGUGCAUGCUGUUCGCAAGUAUCAAACACGGGUGGCUUUGAAUUUUCAGGGUUUUCUGUGUUUCUUCCUCAGAUUUGAAAUGACAAAUUCUGUUUUAUAUUUCUCUGCAUAUCUCUAUUUUUUCCCUCUUGUAUUCGGUUGGACUUGACGUUGACUUCAGAUUCAUGUUCAGUGUUUAAGGCCCCUCUUUUCAGAUUGUUUUUCUUGAUCUCUGUGUUUAAAGGACCCCAAAAUUUAUAUCCGUUUUCUGUUCCUUUUGGAGAACCCAAAUUUAGGAUAAACUUCUGGGUUUUGGGGUUCAAACUAGAAGGGACUUAAUGGGUGCAAACAUAUCCGGUGCUGUAGCGGAUGGCGAUGGAGAUGGUCCUCCAUCGACGCCAAGACUCGGUGACAUACCAGAGAGCUGUGCGGCAUUGGUUUUGGCGCAGUUAGACCCACCUGAGAUUUGCCAAUUGUCUCUGUUGAACCGAUCUUUUUGCGGCGCUUCAUCGGCUGAUUUUAUAUGGGAAUCGAAAUUGCCUUCCAAUUAUAGGUUCAUUGUGGAGAAAGUGCUAGGAGACACAACUUUGUUGAAUCUCCAGAAGAAAGAACUUUAUGCCAGGCUGUGCAGGCCUAUUCCCUUUGAUGCUGGCACAAAGGAGGUAUGGUUGGAUAAGAGUACAGGCGGGGUUUGUUUAUCAAUUUCUUCCAAGGCGUUGACAAUUACAGGGAUUGAUGAUCGAAGAUAUUGGAGUCAUAUUUCCACCGAGGAAUCGAGAUAUCCUACAGUAGCAUACCUUCAGCAAAUUUGGUGGUUUGAAGUGGACGGAGAGCUUGAGUUUCAAUUCCCGGCGGGAACAUAUUGCCUAUUCUUCAGACUCCAGCUUGGGAAAUCCUCAAAGAGACUUGGUCGCCGGGUUUGUAACUCUGAGCACAUCCAUGGCUGGGACAUAAAACCCGCCCGAUUCCAGCUGACAACGUCAGACGGCCAACAUGCUGUAUCCCAGUGUUAUUUAGACAAGCCGGGGAACUGGGUUUUCUACCAUGUGGGUGAUUUUAUCGUCAAGAAUCCUAAUGCAUUGACAAAAAUCAAAUUUUCCUUGACCCAGAUUGAUUGCACUCACCCCAAAGGAGGCCUUUGUGUUGAUGCUGCUCUGAUAUACCCCAGUAGUGUAGGGAAAGAGUUUAGAUCAUCAUGUUCAUGAGAAAUUGAGAGCUGUAAAUAUCGAAUUGUAAUCGAGCUAGCUUGGUUUCUGUUUACUGAAAAAUAGAAGCUAUAUUGUUUUUGUUGAUAAAGUAUAAAUCUUUUCUUCCAGUUAUAGUUUUUCCUGGAAAUAA